AUGACUGUUAUCUCUUUAUUGCCAGCCGACGCUCCAGCGUUCGGUGACCAGACACUCUUCUUCUUACCUGGUGGAACCAGCAGCGUCAGGCUCAAAGAUGGCUACAUUCCGCUCCUUGCAAACUUCACUCAUGAAGACAAGGCUGCAAAGGGGCUACGCAAAAGAUCGGCCGAUGACAAACAUGAGCCUUCCGUCUAUUUUUCAGCACUCGAGGUAGUUCGGGAUACUCGGUUUCUGUUUCUGAGCGGGAAACCUUGGAGCGGUAAAACGACACUUGCGAAAUAUCUUUGCUAUUCCGGGGCGACUGGCGGGUUGGAGAAAGCUCGGCCUGUUAUUCGAAAUGAGAGCGGCUUUGUGGAAGAGGAGAGCUGGGCUGAUUGCAAAAUCGAUCCUUACUAUUACAUAAUCGACUGCUUCGAGACACUGAAGAGGUUGAUAGACAAAUUCAUACCGGAGACUCUUGAAAAGUUUGUCAAAAAUACAAGCAUACAACAACAGGAGGCUUUGAUUGUUCUAGAUGGGAUAGAAAAGGCGGGUGAGCAGGCAACAAGUCUGCUACCAAAUAUACUGUCUUUUGCUGAGAGCUUGAAAAAUGUCCGGAUCCUCAUUCUUGGCGACACACAAACCUGUGAGCGCUGGAUACUGCCAGCACCAUUUAUCCGACAUGAGAUACUACCGCUGCUAGAGGCUCAGAGAAGGGAAGCACUAGGUGCAAUUCUAGGCGUUAAGCCGUCUGAAGUCGACAUCGCAACUGGAGCGGCAGCUGCAAAUCCUGGCAUUUUUUGUCUUGCUGUUCCAGCAAGACACCAAGGCGAUCUAGCCGAGAACACCAUAGAUUCGUGGCUUUCCUGUGCCGUUGUGCCGCCUAACAGUCCGGAUAGGCUCGCAGAUGCAGAUUUUGAGACCUUCAGUCUGGAUGUGCCGAAAGAUGCGGAGCCUUCAUUAUCUGCACCAUUGCUAAGGAGACAACUAUUAGCAGCUCGUCAUCUAGCUGCUUUACCGACAACAGAUGCUGCUUUAGAGCUGUUUAGUCGUGAGCCUUUAGUUGCGCAGCCUAUUAUACGCAGUCUGCUGAUUCGGCUUUCAUCCUCGGAACGUUGUCAGUCUUUCAAAACGCUUUGUGAGGAUCUCGUUCGUGGCUCACCAGAUAUGGCUAAGCGAGGUGCCCUGUUAGUGUCAGAGUUUAUGGACCAAGUUCCAGAUCUGAGGGAGCACGUUGCUACCCACAUGCUGGCCAUUAUAGCUGGAGGCACAUUUUCAGUCAGAGAACGAGUACAAGCAGGGCAGGUGCUUUCUCAACUAGGAGAUCCACGCGAUUUAACCGCACUGGCAGAUAUCCCUGCGGGUGCUUUCAUAUUUGGCUCCAGGAGCCAUCCCAACUCACAGCCACAAGGGGAGUUAUCACUCGGUAGCUAUCGGAUUGGUGUUUACCCAGUCGUAAAUCGAGACUACACCGCUUUUGUCAAUGAUACAAAACGCAAGUGGCUCAGUCCAGAUCAUAGCAAUAUCGACAAACUGAAUGCCCCAGCCACAGACCUCACCUGGCAUGACGCAAGAGCCUAUUGCGAGUGGCUAACUCGUAAGUGGCGCGCAAGUAAAAAAAUAGGCCCAACAGAGCAAGUCCGGCUUCCGACAGAACUAGAGUGGGAGCGAGCAUCAAACGGGGAUCUGAAUCGACUCACUGACAGCACUGACCCUGUUUACCCCUGGGGUCUGGAGUGGAAACACGAUGCCGCCAAUAGCGAAGAAACGGGACUCAAUACAACAUGUGCUGUUGGCCUCUUUCCAGAAGGUAAAUCUCCAUACGGAUGCUAUGACAUGGCUGGACAGGUGUGGGAGUGGUGUUCGACACUCUGGGGCGAGGAUAUGGCCACCCCAACUUACGCUUAUCCCUGGCAAGAUGAUGAUCGCGAAGCUCCGAAUGCUCCGGAGUCGGUCCGUCGUGUGCUAAGAGGAGGUUGCUUUUCUAGUGGGAAGCUGAAGGCUUGCGGGACUUAUCGAGGAAGCUUGGAGCCCGCUGGAUUCUGGCGUGGGAAUGGAUUCCGCAUUGUCGUUAGUGAAUGA